CUUUGAUGAUCCCAAGUUCUUCUUGCACUAGAUCCUGAUGUACGCUCAAUGUCAGCAGCGCCCAAAGUCUCCUUGAAAAUAAAGGCAACGCAACAUUAUAGUGUGAUUCUUGUUUCCCCUCGACAAGUUCAAGUUUUUUUUCCUGUGGAAUUCGGUGACGUCAGAAUCAAAGUAGGUGUUUGUGGGUUGCGGCGAUCAUGUUUGUACCAUUUAGAAAGUCCACCGACCUGCGGAUGAGCCAGAGCUGAGCAUUAGAUAGGAUAUGUUUGCACGACUUACAGGAGCAUUACUUUUGCUAAAAAGGAGGAUAUAGAAUCUUUGAUCUUUGCCAUUGGCAUUGCAAUGGUUCCUGUUUUCUCCUGGUUCUAGACUCCACACUUUUUUCAUCAUAGUCGGAAUGUUGACCGCCUCCCCCGUUCGUUCUGGCGUGCUUCCACGCGAAGUAGUCUUCUCGCUGGUGAAGGGAACGCAAGGCAGACAAAACCACUGCUAUGGGAUUGCCGCGCCGCGAGCGUUUAAACACCUGCAAUUUUCCUAUUGGGGACGGCAUGCAAGGGAAAGGCAGUUCCGUAUAGACGCUAGUUUUUUUUUUCAUACCAAAAUUUUUGCGGUAGGCCAAUGUAUAGAUAGAGAUACGAUUUGUGUCGAUAGGGUCUCUACAUGAUAAAUGUUGAUGUAGCAACCCAACCCCCGCAAAAAGAAAAAUCUUCAUUUUCCUGUACGCAACUCCGAGUCGUUGUCGUAAUCAACCUCCAGGAACCUAUUGGAUCAGCAGAAUAAAUCCGGCCUGCCGGGAGUACGGACUGCCCUAUUCGAGGAUGAUUCUCGGCAUGCGGCGCGCGAAUGUGCACCUGAAUCGGAAAAUGUUGGCGACGCUUGUGGAGUCGGAGCCGGUUUCUUUCAAGUGCCUCGUCGACGAGGCAAAACGACUCGUCUAUGAUCGCGACCCGAAUGCAAAAGUGCGCAAACUCGCCCAGUUUUAG